AGUUUGACGUUGUUGCGCUGGUAGCCUAAUCUGCACCACUGGUGCCAUUAUAGGUCAAUAAUACUCGCCUUGUUGUGCUUUCCGCAUUCACAAUAAUAAUGGAGACCGCCGAGUGCCCAUCGACCGUCUAAGACGCGCUGGAGUCGUCGCACCAGUACGCGCACACCGACGAUGUCAUGUCGGCCAGCUGAAGCCGCCUCGCCUUCAUCUUUGCCGUCUUCAUCAGCAUCGAAAAAUGGCUUCUAGCAGGCUCGUAGAAUGGGUGGAGAUCAUCGAGCCGAAGACCGGCGAGCACAUGUACGCCAACCUGGCGACGGGCGAGUGCGUAUGGGAUCCUCCAGAAGGGGUGCCAGUCAAAAGAACCGACUCCAAUCAAUGGUGGGAGUUGUUUGAUGCAAACACCUCACGGUUUUAUUACUACAACGCUAGCUCACAACGUACAGUAUGGCACAAACCAAGCAAUUGCGAUAUUAUCCCGCUGGCAAAGCUGCAAACACUCAAACACAACACAGAUUGCUCUCCAGUGUCAACAAGUCAUCAAGGCACCCAGACUGGAGACUCCGCAAGAGGACAAGUAUUAAGUCUAAGUGCAAGCACACCACAACUAAGAAGAAAAAGCAGUGAACUCUGCAGGAGUAGUAGUUUCAGUCAGCAUGGAGGCCCUGAUGGGCCACUGUAUUCAAACUGGCAUGAUUCACAUCUGCUGCCUUUGGAGCACUUUUUGUUGAACAACAGCAGAGACAGUGAUAGUGAGCAUUCUGACAGUGGUAGUGAGUCACUAACAGGUCAUGAGCCAGAUAAUGAAGAUUCCGAUCAAUCAGAAGGCACUUAUCUACCACAUCAUCGUCUUAGAGCGGUGGAAUAUCUUAAUCUGCCUGCACAAGUACCGGAACCACCUAGGGAACGCGCUCCAGCCGCGCCACUUAACUUCAAACCCCUGGCAGACCCACCAAUGCAGCCCGAACGCGAAGAAGACAUGGAGAAAUUCGCGGCUGAUAAUCUGAAUCUCGGCGGACGUGGUUUAUUCCGCCGUAAAGCCAGCGUGCGGGAGUUACUCAGCUGGUCAAGUCGUAGUCUGCAACGUCCACUGCUCGCCUCAACGAAACCAGUCACCAAACAAGCGCUGGAAAUGUUCCGACAAGUCCAGGUCUACAUGGGCGAUCGUAAAGCGCGCCCGGGAGUUUCCUUAAACUCUGUUUUAGUCGAGAUAUUAACCGCUGCGCAUGCGCAGGCUUUACUUCGCGACGAACUUUACGUGCAAUUGUGUCGUCAGACAACCGAAAACCCUCGCAGGGAGUCCAUUCUACGCGGAUGGGAAUUAUUAACCAUUGCGUUGAAUUUUAUUCCACCAUCUCAGACCUUCCAACCGGCCUUGCUCGGAUAUCUCAACCGACAUCGUGAUCCGACAUUUUCCAGAGUGUUUCCGGAUGUAAGUCGUUGGCCGCUGCAUGUACAGGUGAAUCACUACGCGACAGUUGCAUGUCAACGUCUGGAACGGAUUGGUUUCGGCGGUAAGAAAACCGCGCGGCGUCCGCAAGUCGACGACGUUGAAGCAGCGCGCACGCAAAUCUUCCAAGCUAGUCUUUUUGGAAAUACUCUCCGUGAAGUUAUGCAACUACAGGCAUCACGAUGGCCCAACCGGAAGUUACCCUGGCCUCAGGUUGAACUAUCUCAACAGGUUUUACGCCUGCAAGGUAGAACAACCGAAGGGAUCUUCCGUGUUUCCGCAGAUGUCGAUGAAGUCUCACGUCUGAAAGCACAAAUGGAUCGUUGGGAGUUCAGCGAGCCUAGUGACGCACACGUCCCGGCGAAUUUAUUAAAGCUAUGGUUGCGUGAAUUAUACGAACCGUUGAUUCCUGAUCAUUUGUAUCCGGAAUGUGUGCAGGAGCCGAUGACAGCUAGAAAGGCGUGCGAUUUGGUGCUCAGGUUGCCUACCUUACACCGUAUGGUAUUGUGCUAUUUGAUUAGAUUCCUGCAGUCGUUUGACAAACCCGACGUGGUGCAACACACCAAGAUGGACGCCGCCAAUAUGGCGAUGGUGUUCGCACCGAAUUGCCUGCGAUGCACGGCGACAGAUCCGCGAACGAUGUUUGACAAUGCACGCAAGGAGAUGGCGUUCAUGAAGUGUCUCAUUCAGGAGUUGGACACCGAGUGUGUGAGGGACAUGAUUUGACGCACUGCGGUGGUAGUUGUAGUAGUAGCUUGCCGAGCAAUCACAACCAAAGAUUUAUACUUAACAUGCUUGGAAUUUUAGGUUUCCUGAAUCAUUUUUUUUUGUUCGUCGAAAAUUGCAUGCGAAGUUGCGAUUUGUAUAGAUAAGUAUAAAUUUUUGUACUACGAACGAUCACAAUCUUGUACAUCGCAUCGUUUUAGUCGACACACCGUAAACUGCGACUAGGACUGACAGAUAUUUAUAUUCUAGCGGUUUUCUUUUAUACUUUGAAUGUAUAUUUACAUUGUUUACUAAGGUAGGAUUUUAACAAAACGAGUUAAAGAAGUGAAUAGUUGUAAGCGCAAAACCAUAACAAUGAGACAGAUCAAAAUGAUUAACAAGUCUGGUAACCAUGGCAACAAAACACGGUAACUAUAGCAACCAUAGUUAGACAAACAAAAUAUCGAAUAUAUUAGGUAAGGUGAUGAUGAUGUUGGCAGUAAUCGCGGACUGAAACAUGAAUCAAAACGUAGAAGAGAAUCUCGAAAUCUCUCUCUCUCUCUCUGAAUAUGAAAAUUAUGACACUAAUCAUGCUUGACUCCGAUAAUGUCCGCUCUCUAGGCAGAGAUUAACACUUAAACUUUAAUUAAACGACUAUAAAGCGUAUGAAGCUACGAGAAACUUACUUUUAUAAUAGAUUUUUGUAAUAUAUGCUUAAUGAUUGUGUUCAUAUCGAUGAUGAUGACUGCUUUUCGUACAAUGUGUCGAUGUCGUUUGUUCCGAACUCUCUCAACUUAUUCACUCUCGGUUGUUGCGUUCGAUCAGUUUUUCGGAUUAUUUUUAUAUAUAUAUCGUAUACAGAAUGGUUAUAUACCUUACGAUCUGCUGAAUAAUAAAUUAUAUAUUGUUUAAAACAGAAAAA